CUCAUUUCAGUCUGUGACAAUUUUAGUCAUUUAUAACGUUCUCUCAAGUGUUUAUUAGCUUGAAAUCCUUCCAUUCAGAUCCCAGAGGAGCCAUGUUCAUGUCAUCCAUCCUUCCUAUAUGUUGCUCUGAGUUCAUAGUUUGGAUUGGGAACGAAAGGGAUGUGUUUGGUAACGAAAGUAAAAAAAACAAAAGCUAAAGAGAUCUGGCAUGCUGCUGGUCAGGCAGGAAGCUGUUGGUGUGGUUUCUUCUGCGGAACAACGGAGGAGGAAGCUGAUUUGCCUUUUGUUUGGCUUAUUUAUACUGCGUAGUCUCUCAGACUAAACAAGAUUUGGCCACUGAAAGAAAACGAGAGUUAAGGAAGUCGAGACUGAACGAAUCCAGCCUCAGCGCAGCUUGCAGCUCCUGAAAAAAUCAUAAUUAGAGAAGAGAACAUUCACUGUUCGUAAUCUAAGUCUGUAAGAGCAGGAGUAAAAACGGUCAUGCUGCUAGUGUGAACUGUCUGGGGAUUCAAACUUCCCCAGCGAUGGCAGUUUUAGCAGAUGGGAAACACAGAACUGGACAAGUUGCGUCUGAAGGAAGGGUAUCUUGGCCAGUUUUCCUGCUGACACUGGCUGCUGUCACCUCCUCUUCUCUGUCAGCUCUCUCCUUGUACCAGUUAGUGGAUCUGAGAGCUGAAGUAGAGGGGCUUAAGUCAGACAUCAGCCGCAUGAGAGAAGAGGGGCAAAAGGUCAGCCACCGAGAUCAGACUGAAAACAUCAAAGGAAGAGAAAAUAUCAAAGCACUUCAGGAUUUACCAGAGUCUCAACAUGCUUUCAGUCGAAUAAGAAGAAGAAGGACAAUAUCUCAACCAGAAAUCUCAGAUUCUGUCUCCUGUCUGCAGCUUUUGGCAAACAACAGCAGAAAACCCUUCAAGAAAGAACUUUCCUCGGGUUCGUACACAGGUAUCCCCUGGCAAACUGGGCUGAGGAGAGGCUCAUCCCUGGACACAGAUGGGGAUCGCAUUGUAGUCAACGAGCCUGGUUUCUACUUUGUCUACAGUCAGGUCUACUACAUGGACAGCACCUUCACAAUGGGGCACGUGGUGAUACGAUGGAAGAGGCACGUUGUGGGAAAUGAGGAUCAGGAUGUGCAUUUGUUCCGCUGCAUCCAAAGCAUGAACCCCGAUUUCUCUUUCAACACUUGCUACACAGGAGGUAUUGUAAAGCUGGAGAAGGGAGACUACUUGGAGCUUUUGAUCCCCCGAUCUAUGGCCAACAUUUCCAUGGAAGGAGACUCUACCUUUCUGGGUGCUUUUAAGCUUGCUUAAAGUGAACAGAAGAUGAUGGGGAUAAGUGCCAUGUAGUUGGAAGAGAGCAAGCAGAGCAGUUAUGGUAACUUGUUGUUGAACAAAACAUACAGCAGUCAGCCACUUCUGCACUGGCAGAAAUGCGUAUUGCAUGUUUCCAGUGAUGAACAGUCAGAUCUAAUAUGAAACAGAUAAUAUGUUGAGGCUUUUAAGAUUUACAAUGUUCACUUAUAUUGCUGUACAACUCAAAACAUUCAGAUGUUUUCUUUAUAUAACCCCACACUUAGCAAGCACAACUUGAGACUCAUUUUUCAACUUUUAAGCUUUAAAAAUGCUUCGUAUUACUUAACAUUUUAAGCAGAAUUACCAUGUCACAAAGCAUCUUGUCUUUUUCUCUCUUUUUUUCAAAUGCAGGUUUUUUUAUUGUGAUGCUAUCAUUUGAGCAAGCCUUUACAUAUUUAGCUGAUGUAAGAAGUUUGAUGUAAUAAAAUGCAAAUGUUUGCAAA